GAUGUGUGUCAAAGCCUGCUGUGCAGAAGGGAGAACAGCACUGGAGUGGAGUGGAGGAAGGGUGGAUGAAAUACAGAUUACAAUAGAAAUUAAACGCUGAUAGACACAUCUCGUUAGUGUAUGCUUAAAAUAGCACUUAUGUGUCCGUGUUGUAAUGGAACGGAAGCAAAAUAUGAAGGGGCACAGUUUUUUCCCAGCCUUUUAUUCAAUGCCUUUUUCCGCCAGGAUUUGCUGGGCACUGCUUAGCUCGCUGCUGCUCCAUUGGGUGAUUGUGGAAGCGAAGGACCUGCCUCAGUGCAAAGAGACAGAGUAUUAUUUUGAGUACACAGAGUGUGACAUCACCGGAUCUCGGUGGAGGGUUGCUAUACCCAUAAAUGAGGGGUCUUGUUCGGGAUUACCUGAUCCUGUCAAAGGCACAGAAUGCACAUUCUCUUGUGCAGUGGGUGAAUUCUUGGAAAUGUCCACCCAGCAGUGUACACCAUGUGCUGCUGGCACCUAUUCUCUGGGCAGUGGCAUCUGGUUUGAUGAGUGGGAUGACCUGCCACCUGGAUUCACCAAUCUGGCAACCUAUAUGGACAAUGGACCUGGGUCUGAUGAGAUAGUCUCCUGUGACAACUCUACCUGGGUCCCCAAAGGAAAUUAUUUGGAGUCUAACCGAGAUGACUGUACCGUGUCCUUAAUCUAUGCGGUACACCUCAAGAAGCAAGGUUCCGUCUCCUUUUCGUAUCAGUAUGUGGACAACAAUGUUUUAUUUGAGUUCUUUAUUCAAAAUGAUCAAUGUCAAGAACUGGACACAUCUGAUCAAAAAUGGAUAAAACUUACAGACCACGGGGAAUGGGAAACUCACACUGUAAACUUGAAGACCGGCACAAAUAUCCUUUACUGGCGGACUACAGGAAUCCUCCUUGGGGCUAAAAUAGUGAAACCAGUCCUAUUGAAGAAUAUACACAUUGAAGGAGUUGCUUACACAUCUGAGUGUUUUCCAUGCAAACCUGGCACCUUCAGUAAAAUGCCUGGCUCGAAGUCUUGUGAGGUUUGUCCUCGAAACACCUUCUCUGGGAAAGGGGCAAGCUCAUGUACGCAGUGUAAUGAUAAUCUACUGUAUGCAGAAGAGGGAUCAGCAGGUUGCACAGAAAGACCCGUGUGUACAAUCAAAGAUUAUUUCCAGGUUCAUACACCUUGUGAUAAGGAUGGAAAGACCCAGAUCAUGUACAAGUGGAUAGAACCCAAGAUCUGCAGAGAUGAUGUACAGAAUGCAGUGAAGCUCCCUCCCUCUGGGGAGAAGAAAGCUUGCCCGCCAUGUAACCCGGGAUUCUUUAACAAUGACAUGGCCACCUGCACUCCCUGCCCGCCUGGUACAUACUCAGAUGGAAUGACAGAAUGCAAGACCUGCCCUGCUGGAACAGAACCAGCUCUAGGCUACGAGUUCAAGUGGUGGAAUGUUUUGCCUGCUAACAUGAAGACUUCCUGCUUCAAUGUCGGCAACACUAAAUGUGAUGGAAUGAAUGGCUGGGGAGUAGCAGGGGAUCACAUCCAUAGUGGAUCAGGUGGCUCUGACAAUGACUACCUCAUUCUAAACCUUCAGGUUCCUGGUUUUAAACCUCCAACUUCACUGACAGGGGCUUCUGGCAAUGAAGUUGGUCGGAUUACCUUUGUUUUUGAGACCAUCUGUUCUGUAGACUGUGAGCUCUAUUUCAUGAUGGAUGUGAACAGAAUGAGCACCAGUGUGGUGGAAUCAUGGGAAGGGACCAAAGAAAAACAGUCGUACACUCACAUUAUGACCAAAAAUUCAUCAGUGUCUUUCACCUGGGCAUUCCAGAGGACAAACCAGGCACAAGAGACGAGAAGGUUUGUUAAUGACAUAGUGAAGAUAUACUCCAUAACUGUAUCGAAUGUCCUGGAUGGAGUUGCCUCUUCCUGCCAUGCCUGUGCCCUGGGACCCCAGCAGUCUGGAUCAUCCUGCGUGCCCUGCCCACCUGGCAACUACAUUGAUAAGGAUAGCAACCAGUGUAAAGAGUGCCCAGCCAACACUUACCUCUCUGUACAUCAGCUUUCUGGCAAGGAGGCCUGUAUCCCCUGUGGGCCUGGAAGCAGAAGCAAUAAGGACCACUCGUUUUGCUUCAGUGACUGCAUCUUCAGCCACACCAGUGAUAAUCAGACCUUGUUGUAUGAUUUUAGUCAGCUAAGCCCUGUGGGAUCAAUAAUGAAUGGACCAAGCUUCACAUCCAGAGGAACUAAAUAUUACCAUUUCUUCAACAUAAGCUUGUGUGGGCAUGAGGGAAAAAGGAAGGCUGUUUGUACAGACAAUGUAACGGAUAUGGCAGUAAAGGAUCUGCAGAAUGAAUCAAAUGAGGAUACUAACAUUGUGGAAACCUUCAUCUGCCAAUCAACAAUCAUACCAUCAGAUGGGAGGGGAUUCAGGACAGCCCUAUCUUCUCAAUCCAUCAGCCUUGCUGAUAUAUUCAUAGGGACCACCACUGACACCACCCUUGAUGGCAUCACUGCCAAACCUGAUCUGUUCCCUGACGCAUCCAAAAAAAUACCAGAUGUCCAUUUCUUUUAUAGGUCUCCUCAAGCCACCUCCUCCUGUGACCCGGGCCGCACUUCUGUCAUAUCAUUGCGCUGUAACCCAGAGAAGACUUACCCAGGAGAACUUACAGUACCAAGCAAAUGCCCAGCAGGAACCUGUGAUGGCUGUGCUUUCAACUUUAUGUGGGAAAGUGCAGAAGCCUGUCCACUGUGUACAGAAAUGGACUACCAUGAAAUACAGGGAGCGUGCAGAAACGGAAUCCAGGACACGUUGUAUGUUUGGAAUGAGCCAAAACUCUGCACUAAAGGUGUCAGCCUCCCCGAAAAAAAGAGCUCUGUUUGUGAGGCUAUCGAUUUCUGGUUAAAAGUGGGUGCUGGGAUUGGAGCAUUCACUGCUGUGCUACUGAUUUCCCUCACCUGUUACUUCUGGAAGAAAAACAAAAAGUUGGAAUACAAGUAUUCAAGACUGGUGAUGACUGCGAAUAAAGAAUGUGAGCUUCCUGCUGCAGACAGCUGUGCUAUAAUGGAAGGGGAGGAUAAUGAAGAAGAUGUGGUUUACUCCACUAAGCCAUCCUUACUAGGAAAGCUAAAGUCAAUAGCCACAAAGGGAAACGGAGACAUUUUUGAAUCUCUUCAACUGAAGUCGUCUAGAUCCCACAAUAUAUGAAGACUUUUUUCAGAGGGGGGGAAAAAAACAAAAGAUGCUUUUGAAAAUUUGGAAACACCUGCACAAAACCAUUGUUUACUGUGUUCUAGAGGAGCUGUGAAGCCGGAUCUUUAGCAGGAUUGCUAAAGAUAUAUAAAUACAUGCUUGGUUGCCUUAUUACUGGGAAUGCAUACCUUGCCAGGUGAUUUGGACUCAUGGUUGCCAGUCUGGUGAUAAGUUCAACUCAGGAAGAGGUCCGUGAUGUGAAGUAAUUCGAGAUUUGACUGCUCUGAUUUAAUGUUUGUUUGCAUAUUGGUUACUUUUGUAUGGUCUGCUAGUAAAUUGGAACAGUGCUGUUUCUGUAAAUUCAGUCUUUGACCUCUAAAGUGAUGUUUUAAGUUAUUCAAAUUCACUAUUAAGAUAGAUAUAUAUCAGCUACAGUGAACUUGACAAAAGGGCUGCAGGAUGAUUUACGUGCUUUUCUUCUUUUCUCACUCAUUUUGAAAUUAUGCCUGGUUUUAGCUGUUCUGCUGGAUAGUAGUCCGUCUGAAAGAUGGGUUUCUUAGUCCAGUAGUCAGCAGCUCUGUACGCUCCUCUCCUCUUGGCUUCACUACAGACACUCAUCUCGGUGGUGGUUGAGAAUGGAGCCAUGCUUCUCUUCUCUUCUGUAUUGUUUAAGAUGUAUUCUUACUGGAUAUAUUUUGUGUUCACUCAUCUCUGAUACAAAAGCACCAUUUACAUGUUAUGUCCUGCACUAACAGUAUUCCCUAAAAAUAAAAAAAAAAAUAAAAAAAAUUUGAUUUUAGGUUUUUAAUAGUUAUUAUAAAUGUGUUCAUAUAAUUUGAAAUUAUGAUACUGAUAUAUGAGUCAACAGUAUACACUGUACUCCUUAUUGAUAUUUUUCAGUAAAACCAAGUAGGUAUUUAAGUUAAUACCUAUUUAAGGUACAUUUAAAUACAGUAUGUGUGUCUUAAGUGCCCCCCCCCCCCCCCCCGAUAAAUAUUAUUUUACUGUUGAGAUAAAUGUAUUGGGGGGCUUGAGAUGACAUAACGCACUUCUUCCUGUUCUAUAGUAUGUUGGCACAUGGGGUUCUUUUCUUUAUUGUAACUGUAUACAUUUUUAUUUGGGAUAAGAAACCUAUGUGAAACGUGUGUGUUUUAUAUCUUAUGGAAAUAAAUCAUUACAAAUCUUUAAAGGUAUAUGGUUACAAAAAUACUCUUGAUUUUAUUCCCACACUGGAAAGCAAUAGAAAGAGGGAAAGUUAUUUCUAAAGCUAUCUUGUAUGCUGAUAUGGCUUUAUGUGAACAUACUUUUUUGUAUAUUUUGCAUUGUGGUGAAUAUUUUCUGCUGAGUUAUAAAAAUUAAUUGUUAAAAUAUGUGUGUGUGUGUAUAUGUAUCUAUGUAUGUAUGUAUGUGUGUGUGUGUGUAUAUAUAUAUAUAUAUAUAUAUAUAUAUAUAUAUAUAUAUAUAUAUAUAUAUAUAUAUAUCAA